CCGGCGUGCUGGUGGGGCUCGGAGUGGGGAAAAGGGAGCGGGGGAAAGGGCAUCGCGACAAAAGUCUGCAAUAAAAGAAGCAGCAGCCAAAAUCCGGUAAAACCGGGAGUGCGAAACGGAAGUGAGCGAGGCAUUUUUGGAGUAGCGACUGGAGCAGAAUCAGAAUCACGGAAUAGUUUGGGUUGGUGGGGACCUUAAAAACACUUUGUACCAACGCUUCUGCCAGGGGCGGAGACACUUUCCACUAAACCAGUUUGUUCAAAACCCCCUCCAACCUGGCCUGGAAUACUUCCCAGGAUGGGACAUCCCCAGCUCCUCUGGGAAACCUCCGUGCCUCGCCACUCUCGCAGUAAGGAAUUAACAGGAGAGCUUAAAACGGACGUGAUAGGUAGAAAAGAAUCCUGUGCUUCAGGGCAGAUACCAAUGACCAACCUCAGCUGCCUUUUCUAUGCAUUGGAAGAAUGGACUGCUGUGGAGUUCCUGAAGAAAUACCUUUUUCAUGUGAUCGUUGGCUCACUGACAAUUAGUGCAAUAUUAGUUUUUUUUAUAGUUCCUUUAACAAUUGUCUUUUUCAUUUACCUUACUAAUAUUUUGCUUUUAAUCUAUCAGAGGAACAAUGAGUUAAAAGGAGAUCCCUUGAGUGAUGAUUGGAAUGAUAUGAGAAAAACUAUAGCAAGCUUUUGGGAUAUAUAUGCAAGAGUGUGGCAUGGUUAUGAGCUUCAUGGUGUGGAAAACCUCCCAGAAGGACCUGGCAUUCUUGUGUAUUACCAUGGAGCUAUUCCUAUAGACUACCUUUACUUUUUGUCUAGGCUGUUUCUCUGGAAAAAAAGGAUUUGUCUGUCAGUAGCUGAUCAUUUUGUGUUUCGUUUACCAGGACUUAAAUUGUUGUUGGGAGUGACAGGUGUGAUACCAGGUACGAGGGAGGAGUGUCUUGGUGCACUGAAGAAUGGAUACUUGGUGUCCAUCUCACCAGGUGGAGUUCGAGAAGCGCUGUUCAGUGACGAAAGUUAUCAGCUCAUGUGGGGAAACCGAAAAGGCUUUGCUCAGGUCGCUCUAGAAGCAAAAGUGCCCAUCAUUCCAAUGUAUACUCAGAAUGUCCGUGAAGGCUAUAGGAUGUUUAAAGAAAGAAGAUUUUUUAGACAGUUAUAUGAAAGCACUCGAUUGCCCUUUACUCCUCCAUACGGAGGGCUUCCAGUUAAAUUUCGCACAUACAUUGGGAAGCCAAUCCCUUACGAUCCGAACAUAACUACAGAGGAAUUAGUUGAAAAGACAAAGGCUGCUGUCCAGGCUCUCAUAAGCAAGCACCAAACAAUCCCAGGCAACAUAUGGAAGGCUUUACUGGAGAGAUUUGAUAAACGUCGUAAAAGUGAUUAGAAUGCUCAUGUUUAUUUCAAUGGUUUUACAGCAUGCAGUUAAAAACAAUGUCCUACAUCACUGGUCACUAAUAGUUGGUGUUGACCAGUUUAAUUUACAAAUUUCUACAGAUUUGAUGGAAGAAAACAAUUAACCUCUAGAAAAUUCCCCCAUAUCUUUGAGAAUAUCCUGAACUAAAAAAGAUUGCUGAAGAUGAUUUAUGUAUAAUAGCAAUGCAACAGCUAAAUUACCACAAAAGAAAUCACACAGCCAAGAUUUUCCUGGUUCCUGAAACAAGUAUGUACUUACAUCUGAGUGCCUUAGUGGUGUUGUCUAGAUCUGUGUGUUUGUGUUUUGAGCAUGGUGUGGUCUCAGAGCAGAGCCUCAGGGCUGGUGUUGUCCCACCAGAGCCCACCUCAUGGGGGGACCCUUCCCUGAUGGGCCCCAAGCAAGAAACGUCAGAACAAACUGUCUUGCUUUAGGUAAUCAGCUACUGCUUAUACCAUUCUCCUAGAGACUAAGGAAAGAGACAUAAUCCCAUUAAAACAGAUGUUAGACUACUUCAAACUCAUCAGCUUAGUAGUGCCUACCUUGGAAAGCAGCACUAUUUGCAUCCAAGCCUUCUCCCCCACAGAAAACAGUUCCCUAAGAGAAGGGGAAAAAAUAAGUUUUAGUCCAGUGUAACAAAUAUUGCAAAUACAUGUAGAAGGUAGUUUCAAGUCUGAACUGGUUUGUGCAUGCUCUAUUGCACCACACCGUUGUUGUUUAGUGGAUGAGGCUGCCCCAGCCUGAAAAUCCUUGGAUAUGGUGUGUGCAGUAUGGUUGUGCUGUAUUUACUCAAAUCUCCCACUGAACAGGCUCGGGGGGAGCUUUCUUAGGCAAUGCAUCUUUCAGGCUUAUCAUCACUGGUGGUUUGCCUAAAAAUGCAGUACUGCAACACUGCCAGUAUAGAUUGAACCAAAAUGCCUGUUUGGAAAGGCAGUCUUGUCUUCCUAAUGCAACUUGCGGAAAACUGAAAGUUAGUACAAGGCAGAAUAUGUUUUUACAGGCUGUGGGAUGUUGUUGCUGGUGGGAGUGGGACAACUUUGUGUAAUCUAUCCAAUAUGCCAUUAAAUGCAACCAAGUCUUAACUUCAAAGACCAA